AUGCAUCGACGUGGGCGGGACUUCCGGGAGUUUCACCCCUGGCACUAAUGCGCAGACUCGUGUUUCUCUCCGGUUCAAUGGCGGCAGUUGGAGCGUCGUCCUUCGUGUUUUCUUGGGUUUUUGUUGACGGAGCAGCAGCGGGAGAGUUAAUAAAGAUGUAAGAUAGAAACAGCAGCAGUUGAUGAACUCUGGAAAGAAGAGAAACGGUUUGAAGCUCAGCAGGAACUGCUCAGUAACGGUUGAAGGAAAGUUUGGAGAGAGAAAAGCUACCAGAGAUGUGGAGACAGCAGGUCAAACAGCGACUGGAUGCAGCAGAGGAGCAGAAACACGAAAUACUGGAUGCUGCUUUCAGCCCCGAAGAUCGGCUGCAGUCAUUAGAUGUUCAGCAGAUGCUGCUGGUUAAAGAGGCUCCUGAAGAACAGAGUCCUGGUGUGGACCACAUAAAGGAGGAACAGGAGGAACUCUGGAUCAGUCAGGAGGAAGGAGGGCAGCUCAGUGUGAAGGAAGAGACUGAUGCCCCCAGGUGUCCAGAGACUCUCCACCUAAAGGAGGAACUCUGGACCGGUCUGGAGGGAGAGCAGCUCAGUAUGAAGGAGGCUGAUGCAAACAUGUUUCCAUUAACUGCUGCUCCUCUGAAGAGUGAAGAUGAUGAAGAGAAACCUCUGUUCUCACAGCUUCAUCAAAUAGAAAACAGAGAUAUUCCAACCAGUAGCGUAGCUGACCAGAUGAAAGUAGAACCUGAUGAAGAGGACUAUGGAGAAGCAGAAUCCAACAGGAAGACAGAUCUGAACACUCAUGGAGACACUUUCAACUCUUCUGAGACUGAAGACAGCGAGGAAGAUGAUGUGAACCAUCCUGACUCAGGAUCUGAGACUGAAGACAGUAAUGAUGACUGGAAGGAGAGCAGGACUCGUGAGUCAGGUGGAAACUCUGUCAGCAGAUCUAUAAACUGCUCUGACUGUGGCCAACAGUUUGAUACCAAGCUCUCUCUUCAGACUCACAUGGCAGAUCAUUCACCAAAUAGCUCUUCAGCUAAUAGAAAAUGUUUUAGCGAAAAGAAAAAUGUAGACACACCAAAGAAAGACCAAAAGGGUUUAAAAUGUGAUGAAUGUGGUAAAUGUUUUAUGAAGAAAAAGCAUCUAAAUCAACACAUGAGAGUUCACACUGGAGAAAAACCAUUUGGAUGUCAUAUUUGUGGCCAAAGUUUUAGUAUUAAAUCAACUUUAAACAGUCACAUGAGGAUCCACACUGGAGAGAAACCAUUUGGUUGUAAUGUUUGUGGGCAUAAAUUUGGCAUAAAGUCAUCUUUAAACAAACACAUGAGAAUCCACACAGGAGAGAAACCAUUUGCUUGUCAUAUUUGUGGACAAAGUUUUAGUACUAAAUCAACUUUAAACAUUCACAUGAGGGUCCACACUGGAGAGAAACCAUUUGGUUGUGAUGUUUGUGGACAUAAAUUUAGCAUAAAGUCAUCUUUAAACAAACACAUGAGAAUCCACACAGGAGAGAAACCAUUUGCUUGUCAUAUUUGUGGACAAAAAUUUAGCCGAAAGUCAACCUUGAAUUUGCACAAAAGAAAACACACAGGGCAGAAACAGUUUGUUUGUGAUGUUUGUGGAAAAGGAUGUAAUGGUAAUUCAACUUUAAAAAAUCACAUCAGGACCCACACAGGAGAGAAACCAUUUGGUUGUGAUGUUUGUGGACAAAGAUUUAGCCGAAAGUCAACCUUGAAUUUGCACACAAGAAAACACACUGGGCAGAAACAAUUUGUUUGUGAUGUUUGUGGAAAAGGAUGUAAUGGUAAUUCAACUUUAAAAAAUCACAUCAGGACCCACACAGGAGAGAAACCAUUUGGUUGUGAUGUUUGUGGACAAAGAUUUAGCCGAAAGUCCACCUUGAAUUUGCACUCAAAAAACCACACUGGGCAGAAACAGUUUGUUUGUGGAAAAGGAUUUACUGAUAAUUCAACGUUAAAAAACACAUCAGGAUCCACCUGAGAUCCAACAUAUGGUUAUGAUUUUAUUGCCAUAGAUUCUUCAGGUUUAAGCUAACUAUACCAACUCUCCUUAAAGUCCUGCUGGAAAUGUUGAAAAGUUUCCAAUUGAGGAGGGGCUGCUGCUCACUAAUAAAGCUUAUACAUCUGAUGCUAA